AUGGCGCGCCCGCGCGAUCGCGCGUUCCACGGCGUGCACGCGCGGGCGCCGAUGUCGACGCGCGGGACGACGGGGGAUGGACGACGCGAUGAGGGCGAACUUUUGGCGUUGGAUGUGUUCGGGACGAUGGGAGAGAAACACGUCGAGCUCGCGGUGGGGGUCGUGCGAGCGAUGUACGCGGACGUGCGGGAGCGGCGAGAGAUGACGAUGGGUGAUUUGACGGCGCGCGAGCGACGGUGCGCGCGAGAGGGGGGGUGUAAUCCGUUCGAUUGGUCGGACGGACACGUCGGGCACUUUUACGAAUGCAUGACGGCGGAGAAUUUGAGCGCGACGCGGGACGCGCUGAAGAUGCGCAGAGAGGUGUUCGGAGACGAGAACGUUGAUGUCGAUGGGUUAUUCGAUAGUUUUAGGGCGGAUUACGUCGAUCGGUGGCGACCGGAGGCGGUGUGCGGGACGGAGGCGGACGCGGCGCGAUGCGAGGCGUAUCGUCAUCGCGCGGCGGCUGAGUGCGAGGCGCUGUUGGGAGAGGACGAUUCGCGCGUCAUGGGGGCGUGUGAGACGUAUUUACAUCUCUACGGUAUCGUGCACGAGCAUUGGCACGUGGAGGAUUACGUGCAGGCGAGGAACACGCUCGGGUACUCGACGCCCGCGCUCGCGAGAAAUCACGGAGGCGCGCGAACGAUUCGGCGGUACCCGGCGGAUCUCUGGGGCGGGUUCGUCGACAUGAAGUCUGCGAGCGAGAUCUCGAUGCCGUCGACGACGAACAUCAUCACUCGGGCGGGCUACUCCACCGUGGACGUGGGCGAUACGUACGUGCUCGGAGCGCUCAAAACCGACCGAUGGGUGUUCGACGCCGAGCGAUGGGCGCACGACGUGCCGAUGCAGGGUUUCAAGAUCGCCAAGACGUGCUGCACAAACGCGCAGUUUGCGGCGUUUAUCGAGUGCGGAGGGUAUCUUAAUCGAUCGUUGUGGAGUCACGAGGGAUGGCGUUGGGUUCAGCGUCGAAAGGCUGACGGCGAAUGUCUGGGACCGCUCGGAUGGGUCGCUUCGCCUUGUGUAAAGUUCUGUGAGGACGGGACCGAAAAGCCCGCGCUCGCAAAUUGGCGGUGCAAGUAUUUCGACGAAGAAGCACGUGCGUUACAUCCACAGCAUCCGGUGUGUCACGUCUCGUGGUACGAGGCGGAGGCGUAUUGCAAUUGGAUCGGCGCGCGCUUGCCCACAGAAGCUGAGUGGGAAGCCGCGGCGAGGUCCACCCCGGGGACGCCACACGAGCGACGAACCUACCCUUGGGGAGAAGAUCCACCCACGAGCUCGAUUGUGAAUUUAGACGGAUAUCGGGGUGGGACUUUGGACGUCGACGCCUUGAACGAAGGGGACAGCGCGCACGGAUGUCGACAGAUGAUUGGAAACGUGUGGGAGUGGACGGCGUCUGCUUUUUUACCGUUCCCUGGGUUUCAGAUGGACUUUCCGUACCGUGAAAAUAGCUGUCCUUGGUUUGGAUACCGUAAGGUCGUCAAGGGUGGGUGCUGGGCCACGAGCUCGCCGAUCGCACGCGCCGGAUAUCGUCACUCCUUUUGGCCGCAUAUGCACAACACGUUUAGCGGAUUUAGAGCAGCCAUAGGCGGCGACGGUUUUGGAGGUUUGCGAAAGCGCGCAUUGUGCGUUAUUCCCAUCAGAGAUAAAUCCGACGCAAAGUGUGGGAAUACGGUGACGAUGCAUCGAAUCGCAACACACCUCUACGAUAACGGCAUCGAUGCGGUGACUCGUUCAAUCCUUGAUUUGCCGCAGUCGAAAGAGGACAUCGCAAACGUCAUCAAGGCAAUGGACGUCGACUUGAUCGUAGUUUUGCACGCGUUUAAGUGUGGGAUCAUCAUCGAUGUCGUUGGGAUGUACGGCGAUUUACUUCCGCCCGUCGUGCUCGUGCUCGGUGGCACCGACGUAAACAUAGACUCGAAGAAAUCUGUGUUCGCUGAAAAAGUUUUCAGAGACCGCGUCGCCAUUGCGCGCAAAGUCGUGGCGUUUUCGCUUUCGAUGAUCGAGGCGGCGCCAGAAGGAUCGCUGGAAUUCGUAGAGUCGAGCGCAUCUUCCAAGACAAAGCUGAUACCUCAGGGUGUCUCUGUGCCGAACAGUGUGAACGCGGUUGGCGUCCCAUCGCCCAAGCGUAAGCGAGAUAACUCUCCUGCGAUAUCCGAACUGUUACAGCUUCACACAGUGUCUGGUCUGAAUUCGGGCGAAACACCGAUCAUGUUCCUUCCCGCAGGAUUGCGACCAGUGAAGGAUGUGUGCUUCAUCGAAAAUGCGCUGAGAGAUUUCAACGCGGACGGAAAUAACGUACAUCUCACUGUCUGUGGUCCCGUAAUCGACGAAGCAUACGGGAAACUCGUGAAACGUUGCUUCACGUUACCCGGAGAUUUUGAUCGAACGCUUCUACCUGGAACUGAUCGAGAUACCGUUUUGCGAUACAUCGCUGCUGCCAAAGUAUUACUGAACACGUCGAUCUCAGAGGGACAGAGCGGCGUGAUCGCGGAGGGGAUGAUGCUGGGAACGUUGGUGUUCGCCAGAGACAUUCCGGGUAACAGACAGCUAUUCGAUCUAUGCGAAGCUCGCGCGUGCGCCGCGCUGGGCCCACCAAUGAAGACGCAAGUAAAAGGCGACGGUUGGGAGACGCAUGCGGUCGGUGUGUUGUUCAGUACACCGGAAGGAUGUUUGCGCGCGUUUAAAGAACUCGGACUAUGCAGAGGAAGCGCGGAGCAUGCAGUGGUUGCAGAAAUGAAGGUACGAGCUCGAGAAGGCAUCGAGGGGCUUUCCCUCAACGAAGCUAAGAGAUGGGAGGAGGUAGUGGAGGAGGUUUGCGGAUAA